CAACGUUUUUCACCCUUCACAUGACUUUGCGAUGGAUCAACAUCGGCCCUCGUAUUGCUGGAUAUAUGUCUAACCCCAAGGGACCGGCAGCAGACCUCUCUUGUUAAACUCCUUCAUCAGAAUUCAAUUUUUUCUCGAGGGCACGUCCCCCAGUCGAUCACAAUGGCGAUAUCCGAAUCCUCGCUGGCCUACCAUGAGCCUUCCAUCACCACAAUCAUCAUCCUCUCGGGCUUCCUGCUGCUGCUCAACGGCGUCAACUUCGCCCUCGACAAGCUUGUCUACUGCGGCCUCAUCGGCCAGGUCUUCCUUGGUAUCGCCUGGGGCACUCCCGGCGCCAAAUGGCUGCCCCAGGAGAUGGAGCAGUCGAUCAUGCAGCUCGGCUAUCUCGGCUUGAUACUGAUCGUCUUUGAAGGUGGCCUCUCUACCUCGUUCAGGUCUCUCAAGGCGAACCUCCUCCUGUCCAUCGGCGUCGCCAUUACCGGCAUCGCCGUACCCAUGGGCUUGUCCUUCACCCUCGGCUCCAUGGUCGGCGCAUCCCCGCUGCAGGCCUUCGCCGCCGGCGCCGCCCUCUGCUCGACCAGCCUGGGCACGACCUUCACGGUCCUCGGCACCAGCGGCCUCACGACAACGCGCAUGGGCGUCGUCUUGACGAGCGCCGCCAUGAUGGACGACGUCAUCGGCUUGAUCAUGGUCCAGAUCGUCUCGAACCUAGGCGGCGGCGGCAGCGGCGGGUUCAACGCCGUCACCGUGGUCCGGCCGGUCCUCGUCUCGUUGGGCUUCGCGACGCUGGUGCCGGCGGCGUGCAAGUUCAUCGUAGGACCGUUGACGCUCCGGUUGAAUGCGAUGCGUGAGAAGAGCCCCGGCUCGAAACUGGAUGACAUCUUGCGUCUGCGGCAGACUGCGCUCGUCCUCCACACGUGUUGGCUAUUUGGCCUCGUGGUCGGAGGGACGUUCGCUGGUACCUCGAGCCUACUUGCAGCCUACGUCGCAGGCGCGACCAUCAGCUGGUGGGAUAGCGAGGUGCCUCAUCUCGCAGCUCGCGCCCGCAGCAUGACAGUGGCAUCUGCAGUAGGGUCCUCGUCGACUACGCCCAAUCAAAAGGCCGUCAGGACCGGCUCGUCAAUAGAGGCAAGUGCUGCUGUUGCAUCGGCAGCGGCAGCGGCGACGGCGACGGCUCCUGAUGUUCGCGAGCCAGAGACGUACAACUCGGGCGUCAACAUCUACGAGCAUUACUACAGCAAGGCCGUUGAACAUGUUUUAAAGCCAUUCUUCUUCGCAUCCAUCGGCUUCUCCGUCCCAAUAACGAGAAUGUUCUCCGGCCCCAUUGUGUGGCGUGGAGUCGUUUACACCAUCCUGAUGAUGGUGAGCAAGAUGCUUUGCGGGCUGUGGCUGUUGUCCUUUGCAAGCCCCCUUCAAACGGUGCAGCGGGUUGCCGCGAAGAUAUCUGGCGCGAGCAAGAAACAGUCCAAGAAGCUUGCUCCUGGAGCGCAGUGCGCGGGUACCGGGACGGAUGCGUCCCCUAAUAGCGGCGAGACGAGGCCACAGCGAGAUCACCAGCAACACCAGCAGGAGGACGGUCAGGCCAGCGAGGUGCCUCUCCAGCCUUUCAAUCCUCCGCAAGCCGCGAACACCCCGAAGAACGCAUCUCCGGAGCCAGAGAUGCCUGUCUCCGUGUACCCGGCCUGCAUUCUCGGCUUCGCCAUGGUCGCUCGCGGUGAAAUCGGAUACUUGAUCUCAGCCUUGGCCGAGAGCACUGGCAUCUUCAGCGGCGGGACGGGUGCCCCCAAUCAGCCCUCCGAGCUAUUCCUGAUGGUGACGUGGGCCAUUACGCUCUGCACAAUCAUCGGCCCAAUCUGCGUGGGGCUGCUCGUGAACCGGGUCAAGCGGCUGGAGAUGCAGAGCGGCAAGGGGACAAACGGGGGUGGACGGAACGUUCUAGGCGCGUGGGGGUUGAACUAGACAGGAUGAAGAGGCGUUUCCUCCUCUGGCAUGUGCCUCAAAUUGAGCAUAGCCUGAGGUGAGAGGAGUAUUGGGCUCGCAAGUUCCAUGCAGUGCAACAACGAACGCUAGAUUGUAGCAUGAAACCAAUACCAAGACUCGUUGCCGUUCUUGAGACUCAUGUACGUGUCGUUUGAUGUUGUUUGCGUGUGGCAAGUGUGUGCCCUCCG